GACUUGGGAGCAGGCGGAGGUUUGAGUGCAGUUAACCGCUGGUUCCUUCGCCUUCCUCCUUGCUGAGGCCAUGCCGAAGGUGAAGAGGAGCAGGAAGCCUCCGCCGGAUGGCUGGGAGCUGAUAGAGCCAACGCUGGAUGAGCUGGACCAGAAGAUGAGGGAAGCGGAGACUGAACCUCACGAAGGGAAGAGGAAAGUGGAAUCCCUUUGGCCUAUCUUCAGGAUCCAUCACCAGAAAACACGUUACAUCUUUGACCUCUUCUAUAAAAGAAAAGCUAUCAGCAGAGGUGAGGAAGGCAAAGGCUUUACCUGG